AUGGCAGCGUGGGCGGAGAACAAGUCGACCGCCGACAAACUGGAUAACCGACGACUUCUCAGUGACGCAACGCUUCUUGUUCCUCGCGUUUCCGAGGUCUUUCCCCAAGUUGCUUUCCCCUGCGACGGAUCGCUCAGUGAUAACACGGUUGUUGAGGAGGAAGUGUCCUGGUACACUCAGUUUAUUCUUCUCUGUUUCGAGACAAAAUGCCAGGAUGAACAAAGGCAGAUGACAGAAAGAAAAGGAGAAGCUUUUGGAGAAGAAGGUUUCAGGUUAGAAGUCGUGAUCAAAUGCACUAGAUAAUUCUUAAAAUGAACUCUCUCCAAAAAAACUUUGAUAAAGAUGAUUUCUAAUACCGCUGACAGUACUAAGAUGCGCUCAUGUUGCUCGAUUCGCUAAUUUCCAAAAAGUAACAAGUUUGGAGCAUGCAUUUUCAAGAAGAUUUUGAGAUUUCACUUCAUUUUGAAGUUUAUCAACUCUGGCUUAUCCGGGGGUAAGCCUAACUUGGUUUAGGAGCUUGUCGCCAUUAGAAGAAUGAUAGGAAAAAAGAAUAUAUUCAGAAACUCCUUCAGUAGGAUAAUUCCUUAUCACAGCAGAUUAAGUAAGUUUAAGAAACUAAAACGCAUCUCUAGGUUGAUAGUUAUAGUGAAACCCAAAAAACAAGGUGAAAUUGAAACGACGAGAGAAAGUAAAGAGUCUUCGAAAGCAAGUCUCCGAAAUGGCAAACGACAAUUUAUAACGGACUCAUGUCCAGAAAAUCGGAAUGAAGAAAGAGAGAGUGAGUGACGGAUGAAGCAUGGAAUUCGACCUUGGAACAGGGGCAACUAACGACGGAUGGCAUGCCGACCGGCUUCUCAUUCAUCCACCUGAUCUUAUCUCUCGGAACACAGGCAGCCGACGUCACGGGCAAGGUCCAACAGGACCUCAAAACAAGUGGCUGGGAAAGUCUUUGA